AUGCCUUCGUUUCAACCAGAGUUGUCUUCCCUUUACAACUGGAACAAAUACAGUUCUGCAACACAGCCAGCUUUGGAAUAUUUGGCCUCUACAGGUGUAGGAGAUUUUGGUGUCAACUUUUCUGUUCCACAGUAUUACACAGAGUUGUCUUCUGACACGAAUGAAGCAUGUCCUAAAUCAGGGUUAUCUUACAGUGACUCAGUUCAUCCAGAUCCUCCACAGUUCCACCCUGAGUUGUCUUCCCUCUACAACUGGAAUGGGCAGCAGCAUUCCACAGCACUGGUUACACAGGGAUACAUGGCCUGUGCAAGAGAGCUUGAAGCCAAUAAUUCAGUUUCACAGAGCUGCACACAAGGAGCAUUGUCCCCAAGCAUUACACAGGGUAGUGUCUGCAAAAUUAACAGUGAUAGUUGGGAUGGACUUUUGGACAGUGUGCUAGUCAUCAACAGUAACGAUAGAGAGGCAAGACCAGAAGAUGUAUUUACACAAGCAGAAUCCUCAAUUUUGGAGCCUCAUCCAAGUCUAGACGUUGCAUGUUUGCUCAACAUAACAGAUGGACAGGAGCAAUAUACAGCAACACCUCUGACUUCAUGA